AUUAUUAUAUAUCAACUUCUUUAAUGGUGAUGUAGAAAAUACAGCAUAUUUGCAUGCUUCUUAAUUAGCCUGAUUAUGUAGGCAUUGCUCAUUGUUCAUUUUACUUUUGUAAUCGAAACUGCAGUGAUCACAAAUGUUGGUGCCACCAUGGCUAGAGUCUUUGUUAUCUUCUACAUUCUUCACAAUUUGCCCUGGACACAGAGAUGCACCGCGUAAUGAAUGCAAUAUGUACUGCCUUGAUUGCAAGAACGAUGCAUUUUGCUUCUAUUGCCGAUCUUCACGACACAAAGAUCAUCCUGUAAUUCAAAUCAGACGGUCAUCAUAUCACGAUGUUGUUAGGGUUGCUGAAGUUCAAAAGGUUUUGGACAUCAGUGAAGUUCAAACUUAUGUAAUAAACAGUGCGAGAGUUGUAUUUCUGAAUGAGAGACCGCAGCCCAAGGGUCCUGCCGGUAAAGGGGUUUCUCAUUUAUGUGAAGUUUGUGGGAGAAGUCUUUUAGACCCGUUUCGUUUCUGUUCAUUGGGAUGUAAGCUUGCAAGAAUAAGAAAAAAUGGGGAUGCAACGUUUAUUUUAAGCAGCAGCAAGAAUGAGGCAGAAAUAUCGGAAACAAGAGAAGGAAUACAAAGAAGAUUGGGAUCAAAGGAAGAAGAAGAAGAAUUGCGUGAAGGAAGACAACAAGACAUGUAUAGAUGCACGCCUCCUCCACCUCAUUCUAAUUCUAGGAGAAGAAAAGGCAUUCCUCAUAGAGCACCUUUCGGGACCUAAUAGUUUUAUUUAAUUUUUAUAACCUUUAAACAAAGUCUUAGGUGUCACACCAACAUCAUAUCAUAUAUAACAUUAUUUCUCAACAAAAAUCAUAUCAUAAAUGUAUCUAUAUUUGUAUAUUUUCUCGUCAAUAUUCUACCUAAUUAAUUAUCAUGAUACAUCAUCUGUAAAAUCAAUAGAUAUAUAACAAAAUGACGUGGUUUAUAGGUCACAUUAUAUUAAAAUUAAA